AUGGCGACAUUCGCACGCCCAGUCUCCUCCAGUAUCGCUGGAGUAGACUUUACCGUCUACUCCGACGAGGAGAUCAAAAAGCUAUCAGUGAAAAGAAUUCAGAAUACUCCGACUUUGGACUCUUUUAACAACCCGGUUCCUGGCGGUCUUUAUGACCCUGCUAUGGGCGCAUGGGGUGACCAUGUCUGUACUACAUGUCGCUUGAACUCUUGGUCUUGCACUGGUCACGCCGGCCACAUUGAGCUCCCAGUUCCCGUUUACAAUGUCACCUUCUUCGAUCAUAUCUACCGCUUGAUUCGCGCUCAGUGUGUGUAUUGUCAUCGGUUGCAAAUGUCUCGCUCACUUGUCAACAUGUAUACCUGCAAACUGCGCCUCCUCCAAUACGGCUUGACUGGAGAAGUCGCCAAGGUGGAAGAGAUUGGAUCUGCAAAGGGUGCUGCUUCCAAGGCUAAGACACAGGAGGGCGAUGGCUCAGAAUCUGAAGAAGAGGACGAUGAGUCCAUCAUGGAAAAGCGCACUGCCUACGUCACCCGCUGCAUCAAGCAAGCCAAGAAAGACGGACAAUUGGAUGGAAUAAUGGCUGGUGCCAAGAACCCUAUCGCUGCUGAGCAUAGGCGAGAGCUUGUGAAGCAAUUCUUGAAGGACAUCAACGGCAAUAAGAAAUGUCACAACUGCAGUGGUAUCACACCUGGAUACCGAAAGGAUCGCUACAACAAGAUCUUCCGAAAGGGCUUGACCGAAAAGUCAAAGUUGGCCAUGAUGUCCGGUGGAUUCCAGGCCCCCAACAGCUUGGUUCUUUUUGACCAGGAAAAGAAGUCUGCUUCGAAGCAGGACGGCGGUGAGACUUCCGUGUCCGAGGUUCACGGUGCUGAGGAGGAGAUCCGCCGUGGAGCGGCGGUCACAAAGACGGCGACGGCUGGAGAGUUUGGCCAGGAGUUCGUGACCUCCUCCGAAGCCUACAGUGCUAUGCAACUUCUGUUCCAAAAGGAUAGCGAAGUUCUUCAGCUCGUCUAUAAUUCUCGCCCGGCUCCGAAGGGUGUCAAGGUUGUCUCUGCUGACAUGUUCUUCAUCAAGAGCAUCAUGUAUCGCCCGGCUGCCCCUCAAGGCCCCGGCGAGAUCAUGGAGGCUAUGCAGAACACCCCCUUCAACAAUGUUCUUAAGCAGUGCGAUCUCAUUAACCAGAUUUCCAAGGAGAUUCAAAAUGAGGAUGAGAAGGCUCUUUCUCGAGUGCGCAACUACGGCGAUCUUCUCCAAGCUAUCGUUACGCUUCAGGACCAAGUGAACGGUCUCAUUGAUCGCGAGCGUACUUCCGUGACUGGCUCCGCCAUUGCCUCUCUGCCAAACGGUAUUAAACAAAUCUUGGAAAAGAAGGAGGGUUUGUUCCGGAAGAACAUGAUGGGAAAGCGUGUCAAUUUUGCUGCUCGUUCCGUCAUUUCUCCUGAUCCCAAUCUCGAGACCAAUGAGAUCGGUGUGCCCAUGGUGUUUGCUAAGAAGCUGACAUUCCCUGAGCCUGUCACCAACCACAACUUCUGGGAGAUGAAGGAAGCUGUGAUUAACGGUCCUGACAAGUACCCCGGUGCUUCCGCGAUCGAGAAUGAGAACGGCCAAGUCGUCAACUUGAAGUUCAAGAGUCUUGACGAGCGUACUGCUCUUGCAAACCAACUGCUCGCCCCGUCGAACUGGCGUCUCAAGGGCUCACGAAACAAGAAGGUCUACCGCCAUCUUACCAAUGGAGAUAUGGUUCUACUGAACCGACAGCCGACUCUGCACAAGCCCAGUAUGAUGGGUCACAAGGCUCGUGUUCUUCCUAACGAACGGACCAUUCGCAUGCACUACGCCAACUGUAACACCUACAACGCUGAUUUCGAUGGUGACGAGAUGAACAUGCACUUUCCCCAAAACGAGCUCGCCCAGGCUGAGGCCCGAACAUUGGCAGACGCUGAUCACCAGUAUCUGGUCGCCACCUCUGGAAAGCCUCUGAGAGGUUUGAUCCAGGAUCAUAUUUCCAUGGCUGUCUGGUUUACGUGCCGUGAUAGUUUCUUCGACAAGGAAGAUUACGACCAAUUGCUCUACAACUGUAUUCGCCCCGAACAUUCCCAUAUUCAAGGCGACCGCAUCCAAACAGUCGAGCCCGCUUUCCUCAAGCCCAAGCCGAUGUGGACUGGUAAGCAGAUUGUCACGACGAUUCUCAAGAAUAUCAAGCCUGCCGAUCGUGCUGGACUUACCCUCAAGGGCAAGUCUUCCACCCCCGGUGAUCGUUGGGGCAAGGACAACGAAGAAGGCACCGUCAUUUUCAAGGACGGAGAAUAUCUGUGCGGUAUUCUCGAUAAGAAGCAACUUGGUCCAACUGCUGGAGGUCUCGUUGAUGCUGUUCACGAGAUUUACGGCCACAUUGUUGCUGGAAAGCUGCUCAGUAUUCUUGGACGUCUGCUUACUCGUUUCCUGAACAUGCGGGCAUUCACUUGUGGUAUUGAUGAUCUCCGAUUGACCAAGGAGGGUGAUCGCGCACGCAGAGAGAAGCUGAAGACUGCUCCCGAAAUGGGUCGGGAGGUUGCCCUGAAGUAUGUUACUCUGGACCAGGCCAACGUUCCUGACCAAGACGCCGAGUUAAACCGGCGAUUGGAGGAUGUUCUCCGUGAUGAUGAUAAGCAAGGUGGACUCGACAGUGUUUCCAACGCCCGAUCUGCCAAGCUGUCCUCCGAAAUCACCGCGGCCUGUCUUCCGAGCGGUCUUGCCAAGCCUUUCCCUUGGAAUCAAAUGCAGUCGAUGACCAUCACUGGAGCUAAGGGUUCAGGCGUUAACGCCAACCUGAUUUCUUGUAACCUGGGUCAACAGGUUUUGGAAGGUCGUCGUGUCCCUGUCAUGAUCAGUGGAAAAACUCUUCCAUCUUUCCGAGCCUUUGAGACUCAUCCCAUGGCCGGUGGUUACGUCUCUGGUCGUUUCUUGACUGGUAUCAAGCCGCAAGAGUACUACUUCCAUGCCAUGGCCGGUCGUGAGGGUCUUAUUGAUACUGCCGUCAAGACUUCCCGUUCCGGUUACCUGCAACGUUGUUUGAUUAAGGGUAUGGAGGGCCUGAAGGCCGAGUACGAUUCUUCCGUUCGUGAAGCCUCGGAUGGCUCGAUCGUUCAAUUCUUGUACGGAGAGGAUGGUCUUGAUAUCACGAAGCAGGUUCACCUUAAUGAUUUCGGAUUCCUCGCCGAGAAUCAUGUCUCCAUUUCGAAGCAAGUCCAGGCCGAUGACUUCCACACCAUUGCAAAGGAAGAAGUUGGCGCCUACAAGGAGGCAAUGAAGAAGGCUCGCAAGACCGGAAAGCUUGAUUCUAUGGAUCCCAUUCUGUCUCACUAUCACCCCGGCGGUAACUUGGGUAGUACCUCGGAGGCUUUCGCCCAAGCACUCAAGAAGUACACCGAUGACAAUCCGGAUGGCCUCUUCAAGGAUAAGAAGAAGGACAUUGCCGGCACCGUUGGAAAGAAGACCUUUGAUGUUCUGAUGAACAUGAAGUACAUGAAGUCCACCAUCGACCCCGGUGAGGCUGUUGGUGUCAUGGCCGGUCAGUCCGUCGGUGAGCCUUCGACACAGAUGACCUUGAACACUUUCCAUUUGGCUGGUCACUCCGCAAAGAACGUCACACUGGGUAUUCCUCGACUGCGUGAAAUUGUCAUGACGGCAAGUGCUAACAUCAUGACCCCCACCAUGACCAUGCUGUUGAAUGAGGAGUUGAGCAAGGAAGAUUCGGAGAAGUUUGCCAAGGCCAUCAGUAAGCUCAGUGUCGCUGAGGUUGUUGACAAGGUGCAAGUCAAGGAGCGAAUCGGUUCUGGCAUGGGUUAUGCUAAGGCUAAGAUCUAUGACAUCGAGCUCACAUUCUUCCCGGCCGAGGAGUACUGCAAGGAGUAUGCUAUCUGUACCAAGGACGUGCAGAACGGCCUGCAAGCCAAGUUCAUUCCUCGCCUGAUCAAGCUCACCAGGGCUGAGCUGAAGAAGCGUAAUGAGGACAAGACUGGCCAGAAGGCUUCCACUUCUCAACCUGAGAUUGGUGUUUCCGUUGGCCGAGUUCCUGAUGGUCCCAGUGGACCGGAUCGCGAGGCUCAACCGGGCGACGACGAUGACGAGGACGACGAGGAUGAUGCCAAGCGCGCCAGCGGAAACUCGAACAAGAGCAACCAGAUCUCGUAUGAAGCACCCGACGACGAUGAGCAAGACAUCAUGAACCGUCAAGACACCCCCGAUGAAGAUGACGAGACAGUGAACCAAACUCGCCCCGCUGGUGAUGUCGACAUGGAUAGCGACUCCGAUGAGGAAUCGGACGACGACAGCAACACGCGCGAGGACGAUGUCAAGGGCAAGUUCGUUGAGGUUACCAAGUUCAAGUUCGACCCUAAGAAGGGCGGCUCUUGCACUAUCCAACUUCAAUACGACAUCGAGACCCCUAAGCUUCUGCUCCUGCCCCUCGUUGAGCAGGCUUGCCACAACGCCGUGAUUCAGUCUAUUCCCAACCUGGGCAACUGUGUCUUCGUCGAGGCGGAUGACAUCAAGGGCGACCCUGCCAACAUCAUCACCGAUGGUGUGAACUUGCUCGCCAUGCGCGACUACCAGGACAUCAUCAAGCCCCACUCGCUCUACUGUAACUCCAUCCACGACAUGCUGCACCUCUACGGUGUUGAGGCCGCCCGCGCCACCAUCAUCCGCGAAAUGGACGCCGUUUUCAAGGGUCACAGUAUCUCCGUCGACAACCGCCAUCUGAACUUGAUUGGUGAUGUGAUGACCCAGUCCGGUGGCUUCAAGGCCUUCAGCCGUAAUGGCCUGGUCAAGGACUCCACCUCACCCUUCUCUCGGAUGUCUUUCGAAACUACCGUUGGUGCUCUGAAGGAUGCCGUCCUCGAGAGAGAUUGGGACGAUCUCAAGGGCCCCAGUAGUAGGAUCGUCGUCGGUCGUGCCGGUACCGUUGGUACUGGUGCCUUCGAUGUUCUCGCCCCUGUAGCAUAG